GUUUGGCCGGGGUCAUUUUACUAGCCUUCCCAAACGAAAAAACAAUUUUUUUUCUUCUCCUUUUAAACAUCUUCUGUUUGAAUAUUUGAAAAUGUCCGCUUGGAAGUCUGCCGGCAUCACCUACCUCCAAUACGCCAACAUUUGCGCACGCGCUGUUCGCAACUCCUUGAAGGAUGACAUCAAGGUCGCUGCCCAAGCUCGCAACCAGAACAACCUCAAGUUCGCCAAGUGGGAUAAGGGUGUCGGUUCUGAACAGAAAUUCGUUGUCCCCAAGGCCCAGCAGUAA